AUGGAGUACAAGUUCAUACAUUCAAUAGUUACAGUGUUACUGUCUUCAAAUAUAAUUAGCGCUGAAAUACUAAACGUGAACAUUCGCACGGACAGACUUGUGAAUGAAAUUGACAACAAAUUUUUAAGUUUCACUAUAGAUCCUAAGUACCUGUUUUUCUCCAGUGAAAAGAUUAAAAAUAAGCAGUGUCUGUGCAUAGCUUCGUCUCUCUCUCCGUCGUUCAUCAGAGUCGCUGGCAGUUCCACCUCAAGCCUGACCUUCCUCAAUUCUAGCAUCAUCAUACAACAACAGAAGGAUAUCGAACACCAUCUGUUUAGUGAAGAAUCUGGCGAGGGUCAGAUAAUAAAAAUAAGACAAUCUGAUUGGAGGAGUUUUGCAAAAUGGGCAAAAAACUCUGGUUUCGAUCUGGUGUUCGCUUUCAACAAUCAUCACAGGACCGGAGCGAUGUGGGACGCCAACAUAGCCCUCGACAUGCUGACGGCAGCACAAAAACAACAAGUUGGAGAAAUGUUCUGGCAACUGGGUUACGAAUGUAGAAAUCAAACUAUCGAAGAAUAUCUUAAUGAUUUGGAAACUCUCCGUGUUAUUGUGGAGACUUUUCCUUCUGGUAUGUCUGGGAAGUGGAAGGUGGUGGGAGCAGACGUCACCAACUGUCUGAACGGACACUCCAAGAACGACUUUAAAGAUUACGUCAUCACGUCCAAUGAUAUGAUGGACGCCAUAUUUUUGGACGGUAACUCCACAUCGCGGGAGCUAUCAGCUAUGUCUCCUCGUGAACACUCCAAGCUGCUGCAGCGCUUGAGCCGCAGCGACACUCCGCUGUGGGUGUCAUCCAAGGCCUCAUCUCCCAGAGACCGCCUGUCUUCUCUAGGGACAGCAGCAGCCAGCGGGUUCACUGUACAUUUCCAGGAGUUGGAGAACGAGCUCUGUGAACCCUCAUUGAACCUCUACACGUUCCUGUUAUUUAAGCACCUGGUCGGAACCCGUGUCCUAUCAGUCUCUGCCCCUGUUCCCUCCCCCCCUGUCUCUUCUCCUGGUCUCUCCCUCUUUUGUCACUGCUCCUCACUCCGCGGUCGGCCGGUUCCGGGCGCGAUUACUGUGUACGGGGUCAACGACCAACAACAACACGCAGCCUUUACUCUUAACAUCACACAACACGAUGGAGAUAUCCUGCAGUUUAUAUUGGAACAUGAUAUGACAGGGAAUAUCAUCGUGAACGGUCGCCCAGCAACUCGGGAUGGUCACAUAAAACCAGUCAUCAAACUCGGUCGCUCGUAUAAACCUCUUGUAUUCACUUUGCCACCUAAGUCCUUGGGUUUUUGGGUACUCGCUAACGCCCAAGUAGCUGCAUGUUAUAAUAAAACAACUAGACUUGAUAAUGAAAUUAAUAGACGAUUCGAUGACGAAGAUAAUUUUAUUAAAACCAAAAGAUCUAUACAUGAAAAUAAGGAUUUUACUUCUCAAGUGUCUGACGAAAAAUUAAGAGGAUUUAGUGCAGUGGAGAAUAAUAUAGCUUUACAAAAACGAAUUGAGGACAUCAACAAUGAGCUCCAGAAAAUAUUCCAAAGCUUUGAUACAAAAAAUAACAAAUUUAUCCGAGUGAAACGAGAAAUGUGUGACGAUGAUAAUAAUAGACGAAAAUCUAGAGCUUUGAAUAGAUUAAAGUCUAGGAAAAGUUACGAGAAGUCACUUGGAAAUAAUGGUCUUGCUAAAAUUUCAAAGUUCUCCAAAGAUAAAGUGGGACGGAUAAAGAAUAAACUAUUCAGACUAAGGGACAUAAAAAGAAAUUCAGGUUUGAGGUCAACAAGAAGAACAGAAAAUAAAUAUAUCACGCAGAGAAAAAGCAACGACGUGCCAAAAACUAAGGAGAAUUCUUUAAAGAAUGAAAUUUUAGAUAACACGAAAAGUUCCAACGAAAAGAAAACAAGGAAUCGUAGAAGUUUAUCUAAAAAUAAAUCAAACAGAAACCUAGAAGAAGACUCGUCGGAGAAUGAAAUAGAGACUAGUAAAGAAAAAAUAAAAAUAGGCAAAAUAUUUAACAAUCUUAAGAAAUUAACUGAACUGCCGAUAGAAAUACAAAAUAAAGACAAAUUAGAAGAUUACAAAGAGACUGGUUCAGAAGAAGGUAUUGUCUUAAAAACGAAGUUAUCAGGAGACAGUGCGACUAUUGAUAUCUCUGACAAAACAAACUCAGGUCUCUUGAAGUCCGCUUUACAAGAUAUACUGUCACUCUUCGCUGAUUUCAAUAGAAAUAUUAACAAGCUAUGGACCGCCAUCACAAUACUUGAUUAA